CGGCGGGAGCCUAGGGAAGACAUGAACUCUCGCCCACCCUCUCCUCGACGCUGCAAAAUAGCUCCGGGCGGCAUCGGUGAAUCCUUGGGUGUCACGCAACAUUGACGGAGAGCGCGCGUCCUCCUGUCGUUCGCCAGAUCGGGGAGCUUGUGGCGGCGGCCAGAUCACAGGCGGGAUAAGGCAGGGGAAUCAAUUGGCGUCGGUUUUGUAGUAGUGGUUUCUAUGGAAAAUUGGGAUAAGGCAGGGAAAUCAAUUGGCGUCGGUUCUUUAGGAGUGGUUUCCAUGGAAAACCAACGUGGGGAGCACGUGAAGAAAAAUCAAUAGCUCGGGUGCGGGAAGGCUUAACGAAACUAACGACGUAAGAGGGGAGAGAGAACCUUACAGUUCUUUUAGGUAGUAUAGAGAAGAGAUAGAGAUAGAGGUAACUGUAGAUUUUUUCCACGCACUCGAAUCUCCGCCCAGGCAGAGCUGUUUCGGAUACUAUUUCUACUCCGAUUCCAGGUCGUACCGUAUCCAGACAGAUUUCAGUGUCGACGCAGACGGUCUAUUUAGUCGCAGCAAGCUCGACUAUUCGUGGCGCCGGUGGAGGUAGUUCACACAUGAUAGCUAGGAGCGGGAGGGAUCGAUUUCUGCGCCGCCGCCGCAGCUGCCAGCCGCAGGCGGUCCACGGUGAUGACCGGAUCAGCGCCCUAUCCGACGACCUCCUCCUCGACAUCCUGGGCCGCCUCGACACCCGCACGGUUCUCGCCACCGGGAUGCUCUCCAAGCGCUGGGCCGGCCUCUCCCGCGAGCACCCCGUCCUCGACUUCCGCGUCGGGGACAUACUCCCGCCGCGCUACCAAAGAUGGCUCCUCCUCCAUCGGGACCCCGAGGUCACCGGUUUCCACCACAAUUCCGGCGCGGCAAAGGUGGAGAAGGCCAUGCGCCACAUCAGGAGGUACGAGCGCCGCGCCAUGCGCGCCUUGGCCAGCUCCGCCGAGCGCCUCUCGGACGCGGCGGCCGGCCGGAGGGUCAGCAGGCUGACGCUCAAGUUCUUCUCGACCCACAACACCGGCUGCAUCAACCGGCUCAUCUCCACGGCCAUCGAUGCUUGGGAGGUCCGCGACGUCGUGGCCGUCGCCAAGCCGGUCUACUCGCAACGCCGGAAGUUCCACGCCUUCCCCAGCCAGGGCAUCUGCGGGCACCCUCACGCGUCACGCCUGCGAAGCCUCAAGCUUGCUGGCUGCGCGCUCCCGCCGCUCCGCGGGCACGGCGCGCUCACCGUGCUCGUCCUGCAGGACACGCCCAUGUCGACGCCCGUGUCGGCGUACGAGGGCGUCUUCACCUCGUGCCCGCAGCUGCAGGUGCUCCACCUCAUCUCCUGCUACACCGCUGACAUACGAGGGCAGAUCACCGUGGACGCCCCCGGGUCGGACCUGACGGAGCUCGUCGUCGACCGCUGCGUCGGGUUCAUAGGGAUAUGCCUGCGGGCUCUUCCCAGGCUCGAGCGCCUGGCCUCCCUGGGCACGAGAGUGAGCUUCGAGGCCGCCUCGUGCCCCUGCCUCAGGCAAUGCAACCUCGCCCUGUGCAGGGGCGUCACGGAGGCAACGGCUCGCCGCUACUUUGUGCCACGCACGAAGCUGGAGCUUGCCUCGUUUGUGGGGUGCAUCCCGGACGUAACGGGCGUGGUCGUUCGGUUCACUGGACCUGACAGAUGGAUCGUGCCGUCCGUUUCCUCGCCGGCGCUGUCCCUGCUACCUAACCUCCGGCGCCUGCUGGUCGCCGACGUGCCUCGGUGCUGGGACGUCUCGUGGCCGCGCCUCCUCCUUGAGACGGUGCCUUCCCUCGAGACCCUCCAUGUCCACGUUGCCCCGCCGCCUUGCAAAGAGGAAGAGGAGCCCAGCGGCGAUGAGAUAUCGUGGCGGCCCGCCAUGCGUGGGCACCGGCACCUCAAGGAGUUUGUGAUGACUGGUUUUGAAGGGACGGAGAGGCAGGUUUACCUCGUCAGGCUUGUCAUGGGAGUGUGCAGCACGGCGUUGCGCCAUGUCGCCAUGCUCAAGAAGGGGCUUGUUCGGGACAAGGGCCACUGGGACUGGGAGAUGGCGACGCAGCAGCAGCACUCACAGUCACAGUGGACCGACGAGGAGAAGGACAAGACGCUUAAACAGAUCAUGAAUGGGGUUCCUUCUUACUCAACCGCUUCUCCGGUUAUAGUUUUUGGAUGAUUUGUUGUAAAUUUUUUCAUCCAUAACGUGAAAGUGUGCAUUUGUCCAGUUAAUUUGUAGGCCUCCGGUUUUUUUUUGGUCGAUGUGAUUUAUAAGGUGCUGUUGUACUCAAAUUCUAAUGUG